UUUGUGGUGACGAUGCUUAGUGUGUGAAAAUUACUGACUUGUGCUCAUCUGGUGUGCUGCGGAAAGUAUUGGCACCCCUCUGCCUCAUCCGCCGUUGUAAAUGGAGCACCAUAGGAGCGCCAGUGUGCAGAUAUUCCUUUUAUAAACAGAAGCAGGAAUAGUGAACUCUCAGGAGAAGAAGGAGAAGAAGAAGAAGAAGAGGGGGCACAUCAGCGCACCUUUCCCCAGGACAGUCGAGUCGAGCCAGCUGAGCGUGAUGAAACAGGUGAAGUCUCUCAGGAGACUGGGAGCGUGACGUGACAGAGAGUGAGAGCUAUAAAGCAGGGGUGGUGAAGGCUGUAACACGGAUGCUCGUCUUCAGCAGGACCGACCUCAGAGCAGCAUGCGCUAAAUUAUAAAGUGAUGAAUAGCGUGUGAGCAUGAGGACCAUGAGGACCAUGAGGACCAUGAGGAGCUGCGUGUUACACUUACUGUUCCUGCUGCUGCUCUCCUGCAAAACCAGCUUCAGCAGCUUCACUGUCCAGGACAGUUCAGGACGAGAGAUGAGGCAGUAUAAUGAAGUGGAAGACGACAGUUUCAUUGGUCUGAUGGGUAAAAGGAGUUCCGAUCUGACUGCAGAGCUGCCACGGAGACGAGACGUCAGCGACGUGUUUGUCGGUCUGUUCGGGCGCAGAGAUGUCGACUCGGGUGAGUCGGAUAUCGCUAAAGGCCUUGCUGCGUGGAGACGAGAGAGACGGGGCGGAGUCUUCUCAAACAACCGAAGACUCAGAUAUCGUCGUCCCGCCUGAAGCUCCGCCUUAACGACGACGUGGAAUUCGAGAGCGACGGUUCUGAUCUCUCCGCCUGGAGUUUACGUUUUUUAUUUUUCACGUGAAGAUUUAAAUGGAGUUUAUUUUACAUCUGAUUUUUCUUCUGAAGGUUUUUUUUUUUUUUUUUUUUUUAAAUCUAGUGCAACAUAACUGAAAAAUAUCAGUAUUACGAGGUCAUAAGGUCAAUACAUCAUUUCAUCUCUGCAGGUCUAGGUAGGAUCCCUUACAGGCUUGCGGGUUCAAAAAAGUAUUGGCACCCACCCCAUAAAUAAAUAUAAGCCAAAAAAAACAUAACUAUAGAAUAAACGCGAGACACGGUGACUUUUCCACUCAAACGCUUACAUAAUGGGAUUUUUAUAUGAAAAAAAAAAAAAUUUGUUGCAAAAUUAUUGGCACCCCAACCAAAAAAUGUACAGCAAUCAUCAGUCUUUGAAAAAACACAUAGUAGUUGUUAUAUUUAAAUUGGUCUGAGUCCACACUCACUCAUUUCCUGCUAAUAGAGAAGUAUAACAAAAAUUAACUCAGUCAUCCAUCAGCAUGAAGAAAAAAACAAACAAAGCUACAGGUUUCAAUAUAAAUUACAGAGAGUUAUUGGUCUGCACAAUAAACGCGGUAAUAGACAUAAUAAAAAGAAAACGUUAUAAAUAUAGAACAGUUUAAAAUUAGCCACGGAUUGGGUCUAUGAUCCGUCAAGUCCCAGACCCCAAAACAGGGUUGCCUCUGCAAGUAGGUUAAGACUUGACCAUAGAUGGUUCUUUCAACAAGUCGAUGAUCCAAGGAACACUUCAAUCAAAACAGAAAAGGUUGUAGAACACAAUUGUGCGAACUCAGUCUCCGGGUUCAAAUCCUGUGGAAAACCUGUGGCGGGAUUUAAAAAUGACGGUCACCAAGAACAAACCUGAGAGUAUAACUAAACUUAAAGUGGAUGCCUGGAGAGCGUUCCAAGAUCCUCUCCAAUCUUGCUCGACAGCUAUGGUCACCAACGCUUGAAUGGGUGGAGUGCCAAUAGUUUUGCACUCAGCAAACUCUAUUGGGAAAAAAUUGGACUCUCUAAGAAGAAAACUUUAUUCUGAUGUUAAAAAUUUUAAAACAAAAUGAUACAGCAUCCACACAUAUGGAUACGGACAAUUUUAAAUGAAGGGUGCCAAUACUUAUUAAGGAAGGGGAGUUAUAAACAAAGUUACUGUUAAACGACUGGUUAAAUACGCGAUCGAUAAACAUUGGGGGUUUUUUCCAUCCUCAAAAUAUAAGAAACUUCUUAGGGAGUGCAAAACUCCCUGUUUGCAGAAGUAUUGGCGACCCACCUGUUAAAAUUCAGUGAAGCCCUAGAAUGUGAGAACGGCGCUUCUCUACCUUAUUCAGAUUUUUAUCAUUUUAUAAAUAACUUUUUUUUUUAAAGGGGGGAAAAACUCGACAGUUUACAGUAAAAUAAUCAUUUAUUAAAUAUAUGUGUCUUCAUAUCUGUGAUUCUGUUCAUUUCUGAAUCUAUAAAUAAAGACUCCUGUAAAUAUGCUGCUCAAUUUUCCUUCUCUCUCUCACACACACUUUUAGAUAUGAAAAUAUUAAUAUAUUAACACAGAGCGAAGAAAUCUUAACAUCACUCUUCCCAAAUUUGCUCCCGUAGACAAAACAAUCAGAAAAUCAAAAAUAUUAAAGUUAAUCCAGUUUGAUUUUACACUCGAGACAUUUCAGCUCAGCAUUGUUCUAAAAUCAAACAAACAAUGAUUAUGCUAAUGUUACAGAAAACUCAGAAAUAAACCUAAUAACCUUCAGAAA